CUUCCGACCUGUCUCGACAUUAUGAGGAACCUGGAAGUGAAGAACCUAGAGACCUCGAGCAUACCCGAUAUUAAAUACAGGAGUCAGUUCUGUUCUGACGCGGAGACAGGUGACGGGUAUGUUGUGACUGGAAACCGCAUCAUACAUCUAAACGGCACAUUGGACGCCAGGCAGCAUGUCAUUGACGAGCUUGACCCCGAGAAUGACGGAGUGCUGGGUUUUGCAUUCAUCUCCGAGUUCCAGUCGUUGUGCAUUGCAACAAAGGCUGGAGAUAUCCUGCUUUUCGAUGUUGCCUCAGAAAAAGCAGAAGUGGUCGGAAAUGUCUCGGGUGGCAUUUUGGCCAUGCAGUGGAGCCCCGAUUACGAGCUCGUUGUUGUCGUGUCAGGGGAGGAAAAAGUGUUGCUGAUGACAAAAGACUUCGACCCAGUGUCCGAGAAAAGCCUCCACCCGGACGAAUUCGGAGAAUGCAGCCCGAUCACGGCGGGCUGGGGCUCAAAGGAGACUCAGUUUCAUGGUUCUGAAGGCAAACAGGCUGCCAAGGUGGAAGUGAAGCCCCCGGAUCCGGUGUCUUCGUGGGACGAUCGGCAACCACGGGUGUCAUGGCGUGGUGACGGGCAGUAUUUUGUGACCUCGUCCGUCGACCCUUCGAGAGGUAACCGUAAACUACGCAUCUGGAGCAGGGAGGGUGCACUUCAGUACACCGGUGAAGACAUCAACGGACUGGAGCAAGCCCUUAGCUGGAAGCCAUCUGGGAGUUUGAUUGCAUCCAGCCAGCACCUUCCAAACAAGCACAAGAUAAUCUUUUUUGAAAAGAAUGGCUUGAACCACGGCGAGUUUCAGCUGCCCUUUGCUCCUCGAGAAUUUGAGGUGAAGGAACUUUCAUGGAGUACCGAUUCGUCGGUUCUUGCCGUGGUGGGUUCUACGUUCCAAACCGACGACUGUGCCGUCCUCCCAAAAGACAUGGUGUUGUUGUACACCGUGAACAACUACCACUGGUACCUCAAGCAGACGCUGGAGUACGACGGCGCUCUGGGCCAAAAACUGGCCGCCGUUGCCUGGGACGAAGGCAGCGCACUUCGACUGCACGUGCUCUGCACGAGCGGUUCUUAUUACCGGUACACGUGGUCCCACGCAGUCCAUGCCGGUCCCUCGGUCACUUCAGAGGGUGCAGCCGUCGUCGCGGUUAUCGAUGCGGACCGUGUUUUGACAACGCCAUUCAGGACGACCGUCGUCCCGCCGCCAAUGUGUUGUUACAAAGUCAGGACGGGAGUUUCGGUGGACCAGGUCGCUUUCGGCGUCAAGCGACGUCGCGACGAGUUUUUCGUAGUCCUGCAGAACGGCAAGCGCAUCCUCUUCGUUCUGCACGACGGAGGGCGUUUUGUGCAACCAGAAGGGGAGACCCCAAACUGCAAAGUGGAACUUGACGGCCCCGGCGCAGGCAACGGAUUCAGAACAACGUCGCCCAUUCCAAGCUGCUACGGGCCUUACAGAAUCGAAUUUGGGGAGGAGUUUCGACCUGCCCAUCAUCCCUUCUGGUGCCACCAUUGGACGUGGGUUUCCGAGGACCAGAUUCUUUGCAUCUGCACGUUGGAGGACAACGUCCACCAGCUCGCAAGGGUCGACGUCGUUCACGGGGAAGGGAAGACUCGACUUAUUGCGAGCAUUGUGUCCCCUCUCGAGGAUUCGGUGCGGACUGUAUCAGCGAGCCCGGAUGGCAGUGUGGUGUGCCUGCAGUUCCAAGAUGGCCGCUGUGCCAGCUUGUCCGAAGCUGGAACUCUCGAACCGUGGCUGCGCUCAGAUGGCAUCCAAUUGGAACUGCCGAAGCCGUGCAGGACUGUCUUGGUGUGCGAAGUUCUGAAGCAGCCAAGGGUCUUGGGAUUGUCCGACCGCUUUGAGCUCUUCUGCGACGAGUGGAGGAUCUGCGACAACUGCACCUCGUUCCGAGUCCACGGAAAGUUCUUGCUCCUGACGACGCACGCACACACUUUACGCUGCCUCCUGCUCGAUCAUGACCUACCAAGCAUUCUCAACGGAAACCCUUCUGCAUCACUGGACGACUCCCCGCGGCAGCUGGAGCGUGGAUCUCUGCUCGUGACAAGCGUGUUGGCAGACGGUCGCGUCGUUCUUCAACUUCCGCGCGGGAACCUCGAGACGAUAUCCCCGCGUGCCCUCGUGUUGGACCGAAUCUGCGAACAUCUCGACAGGAUCGAGUUCGAAAAGGCGUUCUCGUUGAUGAAGGUUCAUCGCAUCAACUUGAACCUGCUCUGCGAUCACGACCCUGCGGCCUUUCUUGAGCACUUGGAAGAAUUUGUCAGCCAAAUCGGGAACUCCACUGACAUCAACCUGUUUCUGACAGAACUGUCGGACCAGGAUGUGGCGAACACAUUGUACGCCUCGGCCUAUCGUUCGCGCUCCAAGAAGCCGUUUCGCUUUGAGCAUAGCAAGAACGACCAUGUUUGCGACGCCCUGAGGGACGUUUUGGAGCGACUGGACUACGACAGAUUCCUCUUGUCAAUCCUGACCUGCCAUGCCAAGAAGAAUGAGCCAGAAUUGGACCAGGCUUUGUUUAAGAUCCACAAGCUGAAAGGAGUUGCAGAGGAACACGGGACCACGUUAGAUCAAGCGCUCAAAUACAUCCUUUAUCUUGUUGACACCAACGACCUUUUCAACGUGGCCCUUGGAACGUACAACUUCGAUCUUGUCCUCAUGGUAGCCGAAAAGUCUCAGAAGGACCCCAAGGAGUAUGUGCCCUUCCUCAACGAACUCAACAAGCUGGAGCUUAAUUACCGCCGCUUCAAGAUCGACUUGCACCUAGGACGCCAUGAAAAGGCUCUCAGAAACAUCAGCUUAUGUGGUGAAUCACACUUUGAAGAGUGCCUGAACCUGAUCAAGUCUCACAGACUGUUUACAUCUGCCCUGUACCUGUUUCCAGAGGGUUCAGAUCAGUAUAAGGAGGUGUGGGGCACCUACGGGGACUACCUCCUCCAGAAGAAGCACUACGAGGAGGCCGGACUGGUGUACCAGCGCUGCGGGAAACUGGAGAAGGCGCUGACGGCCUUCGAGCUCUGCCUCAACUGGAGCCUGCUUGUGUCCGUUGCUCGUCAGCUGGACUACGCCCAGGACAAACUGCAGAGCUUGGCCAGGAGGGCGGUUGAUGCCAUGUUACUUGCCAAGCGUCACAAGGAGGCUGCUGAAAUCUGUGAAUGCUUUGUGAAGGACGAAUACGAGGUCAUCCGCAUUUUGGUCGAUGCUCACCUCUGGGACGACGCAUUUGCGAAGAUUCAUCAGUUCAAGACACCAGACUUGUUGGAUAGGCUCUGGAGGCCCGCGGUGAAGAGCGAAUUUGAAACCCUGGCUGAAACGGCCAACUCCUUAUUCCAGACGUGGUCCAAGCACGUCCAGCGUCUAAUGAUUGUUCGCGAGCUCAAGAAGACCGUCGAUCAAGAUGGUGAUGGCGACGUUGACGACGGUGCCUUUUCGGAUGUUGCAAGCGUGACGUCGAAACCAUUUAGUGGAAGUCAGUCCGGAAAGUCUGGCACCUCUUUGUCAGGAUCCAUCGCAACAAUGCGAACGUCGAGGAACAGGAAGAAGCAGGAGCGCAAGAAGUAUGUCUUGAAAGAGGGCUCACGUUACGAGGAUCUUGCUCUGGUCGUUGCCCUCGGAGAACUUGUGUCGUCCGUCGACAAGUUGCAAGAUGAGUGCAAAGCAUUGCUGAAGGCACUGGUAAUGGCUGGAUCAGACGAAGACGCCAGGGCGCUUCAGCGAUCAUUUUCGGCCCUGCUCUCCGAAGUCGAGCGAGACAUUCCCAAGGUCUGGCCUCCAGAGUCGGCCGAAAGUUCCCUGCCCCUUGGGCCGCAGUCUUCCUCGACGUUGAUUGCUGAAGCUGUGCAGAGGCAGCUGAUAGUGCAGCCUGUCAUAUCGGAUCCAGCGCUGAGAAGGCCGCCAGUUUUGCGAAACAACUUUAGCUGGAAGCUCAACAUGCUUAGCUGAGGCAGUUGUAAAUAUAUGCUCCUUCAGAAGUGUUU